GGAAGGCCGCGGCGGCGGCGCAAUGGCGGACCCGGUCCUGGAGCGUUGGGUGUCCGGGGAGCUGCAGGAGCUGCUGGGCAUGAGCGGCCGCCACGUUCCCGCCUUCCUGGUGGCUUUGGCCCGGCGGAGCCGCAGCGCCGAGGAGCUGCUGGAGCGGCUGCGGGAGACCGAGGCGCUGCGGGUGGAGGAGCCGCGCGUCAAGGCCUUCGCCACAGAGCUCUGGGAGAAGGUGCCCCGUGACGCCCCCCGGGAGCCCCCGGGCCGCGCGGCCGAGCGAGCGGCGCUGGAGCUGCAGCAGCGCAGCCGCCAUUACCGCCUCGUCGACAGCGACGAGGAGGGCGCGGGGCCGGCCCCGAGCACCGAACCACCGCCACCGCCGCAACGGCGACGCCACCUGCGCCGACGCCGCUCCGAAUCGCCCGAGGAGGACAGGAGCCCCUCACCCCCCGCGCCGCCGGCUCCGACGUCGAGCGAGGAACCGGAAGCGGAAUGGGAAGCGUCGGAGCGGGAACGGCUUCGGGAUCUGGAGGAACGCGACGCCUUCGCCGAACGGCUGCGCCGCCGCGACCGCCAACGCACGCGCAACGUCCUCGAGCGCCCCGACGCCAAGGCGUACGAAGAGGCCCAAAAGCGGCUCAGAAUCGCCGAAGAAGACCAAAAAUCCAUGGUUCCGGAGCUGCGGAAGCGCUCGCGCCGGGAAUACCUGGAAAAGCGGGAGCGGGAGAAGAUGGAGGAGUUGGAGGCGGAGAUCGCCGAUGAGGAACUGCUCUUCGGCGAAGAGGCGCUGACGGGCGCCGAGCGCCGCGAGCUCCGCUACAAACGGCGCCUCCGGGAUUUGGCGCGGGAAUACAAACGCGCCGGAGAGAGGGAGAGGCUGGAAAAGAGCAACCGCUACCACAUCCCCCAGGAGAGCCGGACGAAGAAGAUCCCGGAGCGCGAGGAAGCGACGGGAGGGGAGGAAGAGCGCCUGGCGCCGCGGGACGAGCAGCGGCGAUGGGAAGAGGAGCGCAUCGGGGCGGCGGCGCUGCGUUUCGGGGCGCGCGACGCCGCCCGCCGGCAGCCCGCGAAGGAUUACGACUUCGUGCUGGAGGAGGACGAGAUGAUCCAAUUCGUCAGCGCCGUGCAGAUGAAAGGCACCGAACCCGAGAAGGAGGCGUCGUUGUCGUCGUCGGAGCGCGGCCGUCAGACGGCGCAGGAGGUGCGGCGCAGUCUCCCCAUCUUCCCGUUCCGCGCCGAGCUGGUGGCCGCCAUCGCCCACCACCAGGUGCUCAUCAUCGAGGGCGAGACCGGCUCCGGCAAAACCACCCAGAUCCCCCAGUACCUGCACGAGGAGGGGUACACGCGGGGAGGGCUGAAGAUCGGCAUCACCCAACCGCGCCGCGUGGCCGCCAUGAGCGUCGCCGCCCGCGUGGCCGUGGAGAUGGGAACCAAACUGGGCAACGAGGUGGGGUACAGCAUCCGCUUCGAGGACUGCACGUCGGAGCGGACGCUGCUCAAGUACAUGACGGACGGGAUGCUGCUGCGCGAGUUCCUCACCGAGCCCGACCUGGCGUCCUACAGCGUGGUGAUGGUGGACGAGGCUCACGAGCGGACGCUGCACACGGAUGUGCUCUUCGGGCUCAUCAAGGACAUCGCGCGCUUCCGCCCGGACCUCAAAGUGGUGGUGGCUUCGGCCACGUUGGACACUCAGCGCUUCUCCGCUUUCUUCGAUAACGCUCCCGUCUUCCGCAUCCCCGGGAGGCGCUUCCCCGUCGACAUCUACUACACCAAAGCGCCCGAGGCCGAUUACCUGGAGGCGUGUGUGGUGUCGGUGCUGCAGAUCCACCUCACGCAGCCCCCGGGGGACAUCCUCGUCUUCCUCACCGGACAGGAGGAGAUCGAGGCGUGCGUGGAGCUGCUGCAGGAGCGCUGCCGCCGCCUGGGCUCGCGGCUGCCGGAGCUGUUGGUGUUGCCCAUUUACGCCAAUCUGCCCUCGGAUAUGCAGGCGCGCAUCUUCCAGCCCACCCCGCCCGGCGCCCGCAAGGUGGUGGUGGCCACCAACAUCGCGGAGACAUCGGUGACGAUCGAUGGCAUCGUUUACGUCCUCGACCCCGGGUUCUGCAAACAGAAGAGCUACAGCGCCCGCACCGGCAUGGAGUCCCUCGUCGUCACCCCCUGCUCGCGGGCCUCAGCGAACCAGCGGGCGGGCCGGGCGGGACGAGUGGCUCCGGGCAAGUGUUUCCGCCUCUACACGGCGUGGGCCUUCCAGCACGAACUGGAGGAGACGCCCGUGCCCGAGAUCCAACGCUCCGACCUCGGCUCCCUCGUCCUCCUCCUCAAGAGCCUCGGGAUCAACGAUCUCAUCCACUUUGACUUCUUGGACCCUCCACCCCAUGAGACGUUGGUGUUGGCGCUGGAGCAGCUCUACGCGCUGGGGGCCCUCAACCACCUGGGCGAGCUCACCACGUUGGGUCGGCGGAUGGCGGAGCUGCCGGUGGAGCCCAUGUUGGCCAAAAUGAUCCUCGCCUCCGAGCAGUACGGUUGUACGGAGGAAGUGCUGACGGUGGCCGCGAUGCUCUCCGUCAACAACGCCGUCUUCUACCGCCCCAAAGACAAAGUCCUCCACGCGGACAGCGCUCGCGUGGGCUUCCACCUGCCCGGAGGGGACCACCUCGUGCUCCUCAACGUCUACAACCAGUGGGUGCUGAGCGGUCACUCGGUGCAGUGGUGCUUUGAGCACUUUGUGCAGGCGCGGGCGCUGCGCCGAGCGCGGGACGUGCGGGAGCAGCUCGAGGGGCUCCGGGAGCGCGUGGAGCUCGCGCCCACCUCCUGCGCCCCCGACUACCGCCCCCUCCGCAAGGCCAUCACCGCCGGGUUCUUCUACCACGCGGCGCGGCUGACGCGGGGCGGGUACCGCACGGUGAAGCACCAGCAGACGGUGUUCAUCCACCCCAACAGCUCUCUGUUCGAGGAGCAGCCGCGCUGGGUGCUCUACCACGAGCUCGUCUUCACCACCAAGGAGUUCAUGCGCCAGGUGAUCGAGAUCGAGAGCGCGUGGCUGCUGGAGGUGGCGCCCCAUUACUAUCAGGCCAAGGAGCUCGAGGACCCCAACGCCCGCAAGAUGCCCAAGAAGGUCGGCAAGAGCCGGGAGGAGCUGAGCUGAGCGCCUUGGGGACACUUGGGGACACUUGGGGACACCCCUGCAAUACAGUCACUAUGGCGGACGAGCGGCUCGGGGCUCCCUCGGGGGUCCCCUCUCGGUCCCCGCAGCCACAGCUCCGUCUCUGGG